UCCACCAACCUGUUUUAUACUACGAUCGCUUGGGUGAUUUGUGUAAUUAGUGUUGUUUUAAGAGUUCCCGACAUACUUCAAGUCGUCACCUUCUGACAGCUGCCAUGAAUCGUCUUUUGUGAAACGUCAGGCACGGGUAAACGCCUUGGAACACAGUAAUUUUGGUGCAAAGCAGGCAAAGCUAGUAUAGAUUCGAAGUGGAGCGGAACGUGCGUGACAAAUUGCCAAAAUACGGCAUGAUUGUGUUUUAUUUCAACUCCUGUCGGCGAGAAGAGAGUUAAAGUGGGGAGAGGAAGAUCCUGGCGGUGAUGGGUACAAGGUCAAAAGCUGCAGAGAAGAGGCUUUAUAUGCCUGAAGAUAGCCUUAUUUCAUCAGAGAUUGCUGUUCUCUCAGGGGGUUGUGAUUUACAAGGACACCCUUUGGUUAUCCUGCCAUCUCAGCGAUACACCAAUCUAGUCCAACUGAACCAAGCUGAUGUUAUCAGGCUGUUGAAAUACCUUGCUUUUCUUUCCAGGUCUUGGUACAAAGAGGCAAGUCUCUCAUUUCUUGUUGACUUCCGCAACUCCAGGGCAGCUGAUAUCAAGCAUAUUGUAGAAUUGAUUCAGAUGUUCCAGAAUGAAAGCAGAUCAAUCCAAACUAUGUUCAUUAUUUGCCCAGAAGAUAAACAAGUGAAGAAACACUUGAAUAAAGAGAUCCACUCCCGCCAGGAAAGAGGACAAUUUGAUUUUCAGACAGAACAGGUGAAUGGCACAGCAAAUCUCUUGAACUUCAUAGAUGCUAGCCAACUGCCUCCAUCCUUUGGAGGGACACUGCCGUACGAUCACAAAGCAUGGAUCAGACUGCAAAAGAAGCUGGAGGAAUUCUAUUUUGCCUCUGAAUACGUCAUGAAUCACCUUCCCAAGGCUGUGGAUGAGAUAAAAUCUUUGAAAAGAAUGCGUACGAAGAAAGAAUCUUUCGGUGGUGAUCUGGUCCUUCAGAGAACAGAGACUAAAAGAGCUCAGAUAAAACGUGAUCUGACUCUUGAUGCCGCUCUCGAGGAAGUGCACCGUCUGAACGAAAUGUCGCUCAAACCCCAACAUGAUAGGACGUUCUCAGUUAUGUCCAAGAAACCGCAGUUUGCUCCAAUGAUGGAGACAAUCAAGCCCUACCGCGACAAACUCAUUCAGGCUAAGCGGCAACUUGACGAAGCUUGGAACGGAAAUAUUGCUUCGCAACCGGUUGUAACUAGUUCCCAGACUGAUGACGUCCAUGAGUUGAGAGAGAACUUGAGUCGGCUAGUGAAGUGGAUACGCGGUGAUGCUGAAGAUCAGUUAAACAAAUUCUCCCAAGGAUGUGUCUCCCUUCGCACAGCCAAUCAAAACAAAGCAAAGUUUGACCGCGAGUUUCAUCCACUGGUGAAGGAAGUCUUAACUCAAGGUAGAGAGUUAGCUGAGAGAGCCAACGAAAUGAGCAUGAGAAAUCUGCGAGAUAAGAGACCGCUACAAACUGCGUCUAAAGUUCUUUUGUCGGAUCUAACAAGCUUUCGCAGUAAAGUGGAAAACACCAAGAAAUGGUUGGAAGAUGCCAUUAAUUUUUACACCCUCUUAAUGAAGGCAGACACAUGGUAUAGUAAAGCUGCCGAGUUUUGGCCGUCGAACUCAACUCUUGGCAAAAAUUCAAGCAGCUCGGUGUUAUCUCCUGCCUCAUAUCGCGACUUACAACAUUACGAAGACAGAUUGUCCAGGUUCCUUGCAAAGUUCCCACCAGUCUCCUCCAAGGAACUUCUGCAGUUGGAGUCAUUCUUGGAAAAAGUCCCGGAUACUCAGCAGAGGAACCAGGCCAAGUUGCUGAUUCACCGUUGCAAAGAACUGGAAAAAAUUAUCCAAGCCCGCGAGACCCACUUCGUAGAGUUUGGGAAUGGGAGAGAGGGACCUGGGGAUAGCAGGAGAGUUGAAGUUCCUGAACGAAGUUCAAGGAAAUUCAACGGUCAGGUUAGAGAUGAACCUUAUUAUAGUAGAAUCAAGGACUCCCCUGGCAGAAUCAUAAAUAACAGGGAUGUGUCGCGCCACCCAAGGUCAGGUGAUCGUUCCUCAACUCCAGGAAACCUCAUUCUCCCGACCCCUCCCGGGAGGGGGCCUUCAUCGGCUGUAAACGGUACCCUGAGGGACUUGGAACGAAAGCAGUACGCGGGUUCAGGGCUACAAUCCAACAAUCGAGAUUCGUACCAGUCCUAUUCUAUGAACAAUGUGGGGCGCAGAGUUACAACGGACGGAUUAGAAAGUCAAAUCUGUCCUCCAGGGGUGACUGGCAGGUACCUGAACCAUAAUGGUGAAAUAAAGCCCAGUGAUAAUCUAGACGGGUGGACUGGGUACAAACACUCUCCUAAGAGGGAGAUUGUGAGGAGCCAAGAUGUGACGUCAAACUCGUCCGUAGACUCUCAAGUAGCAACUAAAAAUUUUGCGCCUAAAAAGCCAGAGCGAAAGAAACUUAAAAAGACUCAAGAAACAUCGAGUAAUAUGGAACACUUAAUUCAGGAACAAAUGAGACUUGAAACAGAACUAGAACAACUCAAGAAAAUGAGCGAAAAUCUUGUUCCUCCACUCGAUUUACGAGAGUUAAAUCCAAGCUACACGAACGGGUCUUUAUCACAUGACGAUUAUUAUUCGAGCCGGCUUGUUGGGCUCGGCGAAAAAAUCGUAGCAAGUUCUCAUCCAAGGAGAAGUGGCCAGAUAAAACGAUUGUCGCAUUCAAAAAGUCAAAAAGUGGUUGAUAAUUUAACUUCCGGUCCUGCGUACUCAACAACUAGACCGGAACUGACGUCGGAUGAUUCAGUGGACCGUGAGGUGGAAGGGUUAUUCAGAGAGGUGUCGUUGUUGAAGGAGGAUGAGGAUGAUACGGCGCCAUUAAAACACGAUUCUUUUUCACCAGAAAGUUCAAAUGACCCACACAGGAGUGAACGUCGACGAUCUUCAAGAAUGCUUCUAAACGGCUAUCGUACAGGAAUGCACAACCCUGGCAUUACAAAUAACUGCGCACAGGAAAACAAUUCCUCAUCGCUUCAAAACAGUCCACGAAUUUCAUCCGUGCAGAGACAUCAACCGGCAGACCAAGGUGUAUCACUAGAUAAGGUUCAACAGUUUUGCAUAUUAAAGAAACAGGAAAUAUACUGGAUGAGCCAGAUCAGAAGUCGCCGACACAUCCUUUCACAGAAACUCGAUUCUCUCGUUCGGCAAGAUGUGGAAGAGCAGUAUUUUUACUCGCAAGAGGAGCUCAGUAAAACAGAAAAAGCCAUCGCGGAUUUAUUUCAAUCUUUAUCCCAACAAGAAGUUCAAUGGUUGUUGAAGAACGGCAUGGUGUCCUCGAAUCCGGAUUAUGCGCGCUCACCGCACAAUGUGCACGCAUUGCGGACCACUUAUUACGGGAGUCCUUCGGUACCUUUCAAUCAGUUUGGCCAUCAGUUUCAACCUCGACAACAACAUCAGCACACACUUACUCCUGUCGCCCCAGCUCCCUUAAUGAACGGUUCAAAUACACCACGUGGGGUUGGAUAUCAGUCCACAAAUCCUGUGCUACAUUCUUCGACAAAUGCUUCUCCGUUGUACGGUUAUGGUUCAGAAAAUGCAUACCCAAAUACAGCAAGAGGGAAUGACGUUUAUCAUUCUCAAGACGUUACAAAUGCGUCAGCAGUGACUUUAGUAAAGCCUCCUUCUUCCAGUAAAGAAACUCAGACUUUAAAUAAUGGCGAUCAGUUUCCAAAAGGAGUGGAUUUCGAUCCUAGACUGAGACAUGAGGUGGAAACGCCCGAGCCAAUGGAAAAAGCCAAUCUUGCGAGGACACCGAUGGAUGGGAUCGUGAGAACUCAUGAUUUAAGUUUGCAGCACGCUGAAAACGGCAGUGCUGCGGCAAGGAAGCUCCCGGAAUCAGGUACCAGUGAGCGUAGAAUCGAGGCUGCUGAUUCUCAAGUCCAUCCGGAAGGUGAUGAAAGAUUGGAACGAGACGUUGAAGCAGCUGUUAGUCAUAUGGUUGUUAAGCAACGAAGCGAAAGAAACAGAAAGCAGCCUGCGCAAAUAGUAAACAACGAUGAUGUUCAUUCUCAUAUGAAUGACAGGAAAAAGCCCGCCGCUUUCAAAGAGGCAAGUUUUGACGAUCACGAAGUCGUUAAACUCAAGGAAAAGCUAGAAGUAGAACAAAAGGAGUUACAAGACAGUCUAAAGAGGGAAGAGAUUAAAUUUAUGGAAGAACAGCGUCGGUUAAAGGAGGAAGAAGAGAAGCGGAACGAAUGGAUCAGACAGCAAAAACUAGCGGAGCAAGAGAACCUAGAGCGCAUGCGUCAGAAUCUCGCUCAAAUUGUAGAGGCGGUUCAGGUGGAAGAAAAAGACUGGUCAGCAGACGAGGAGUGUGAGGCAACUGACAGAGAGGUUCAGGACAUCCGCCAGAAGCGCCUGUCAUAUUUCCGUUCUAAAACGAACACUGAACCAGUUGACGAGGUCAGCAGAGCUGAGGAAACAGUAAAUACAGAAUCACAGCAUGACGAAUUGCGGGAUUUUACUGAUAAUGUUGGAGAGGAAGAGGAUGAGGAAGAGAUUGAGAUGUAUCACCAAAACCUUUCCCAACAAUCGCAGGUUAUGUCAAACCAAAAAGACAUUGUUUGGGGGGAAGAGCGCACCAAAUCGAAGACAUUCAUUCGUGAUCGACAUUCCUCUCCCACAGAGAGCCAGCUGGAGGAUAUUGACAUUGAACAGUGCGAUUUUGUGAGCGAGGAGAGUAAAAUUUCACCAGAGGAUGAACUCAUAGAGCUGCUCAAGUCUGGAUCUAUUGAUAUGUCUUCGCCAGAACAUUCGAGAGACAGUUCCGAAGUACCCGAAGAUGAUCAACUGGUAUCUUCGGAUGUAGUCGAAGACGAUCAUGUGGAAUCCUUGGAUGUAUCCGAAGACGGUCAAUAUGUAGCUUCGAACCUACCCGUUGAAGAUCAUGUGGAGUCCUUGGACAUACCCCAAGGAGAUCAACUGGAAUCUUCAGCAACAGACUUAGGUUGGUUCUCCGCUGAAGGGAGGGGAAGUAAUUCUGUGGAGUUAAAUUCUAGUCUUGUUACUAACGCUGAACCGAAUUACGUGGCCGAGUCGGAUAGUGAUGAAGAUGUGAUUGAGAGAUUUGAUACCAGCCCACAUGAGGAAGAGCAGAAGGAUUUCAAAUACAAUGUCACUGAUGAUUUAAAAGAAAAUGGUCGCCUUGUAGGUAAACAGCAAAUCGAUGAUGUCAGUGACCAAGGUGAAGACGAUGAAUUGGAAGACACUUUGUUAACAGACACCACCGCUAACAUCCGGGAACUCGUGGCGAGGUUGGGAGAGAUUGAGAAUGAGAUGAGUGACAGUGGAGAUGAGGGAAUGGGAACAAGGGAAAUGACGAAAAAAUCUUCGGACGAAGAGUUCGAAGAAAUCGAAAGAUUAUUGUACGAGGAAAAAGCCCGCCUUGAAGCUGAGAAGAAGAGCAGGCUGCUGGCUGAGGAAUCGUUGAGUGAUUCUUCUAAUGGUGAGUUUGAGCAGCUUGAGAAAGCGUUGUACCAACAGAAGGCUCAAAGCACAGUUGAGAACAAAGGUGAUGAGUCGCCUGAAGAAUCAUCAAAGACAGCUUCUGACGAAGAAUUCGAGCAACUCGAAAAAAUGACACUGGCUGCUAAAGAGUCGAAAAAAGUAGAAUACCAGCAAAAAGAACCAGCUACAAAGAACCAAUCAGAAGUCGUUGAACGUUCAAAUGACGUUGCCUCUUUUCUGAACUUUCCUGUUUCUACGAGCAAAGCUGAUGAGGAAGACGAUCUUCUUGAUAUUAUUGGCACUAGUGACUCUGAAGACACACUGAGCUCAGGACAAGAGGAAGAUGAACACAAACUUGUAGUCGCUGAGGCGUCUGAUGACCGAGAGACUCUGGGCUCUGAUGAAGAAGAGAAAGCCCCUGUAUUGUGGACUGUGUCAACUCGUACCAGUGCCCCCGCACCGCCCGUGAGCGCGGCAGUUGCGAGCGAACACAAUUAUGCGUUUGAGCGUUGUGGAGGAGUUGUUGCGGUGAUCGAUAAUGGUUCGGGUUUUUGCAAAGCUGGUUUUUCUAAUGAACAGCAGCCGCGAGUGGUCUUCCCAGCAGUCGUUGGUAAACCUCGACAUCAGGAAGCCAUGAUGCAAGAUUACAGAGAUCACUAUAUCGGCGAUGAAGCGCAAAACAUGCGCGGUGUGUUGACUCUCAAGUACCCGUUGGAGCAUGGGAUUGUAAUGAACUGGGAUGACAUGGAAUCGAUUUGGAGCUACACUUAUGACCAGCUGCGAGUCCCGUCCCAAGAAUACCCGGUCAUGUUGACAGAGGCGCCCUUGAACCCAAAGUAUAACCGAGAGCGUAUGCUACAGAUCAUGUUUGAGACAUUUGAGGUGCCAUGUCUGUACAUAGCUGUGCAGGCUGUCAUGGCUCUGUAUUCUACGGGGCGAACUACUGGCACCGUUUUCGACUGUGGUGAUGGGGUCAGCCACACUGUUCCAGUGUACGAGGGCUACUGGCUCCCUCACGCCACACAAAGAAUGGACCUCGCAGGAAGGGACCUCACCAAGUAUAUGAUGAGGAUCCUUACGGAACGGGGCUACUCGUUUACGACUACGGCGGAAAGGGAGAUCAUACGGGACAUUAAGGAGAAGCUUGCCUAUGUGGCCCUUGAUUUUGAGCGCGAACUGCAGGAGUCUGAGACGAGUGACAAAUUUGAGGAGUUAUAUAUGCUUCCUGACGGUCAGUCCAUACGCGUGGCAAAUGAGCGAUUUCGCUGCCCAGAAGUGUUAUUCAAUCCCAGCAUGCUUGGCAUGGACAUGGUUGGAAUACACGAGUCCAUUUACAACUGUAUCAAGAAAUGCGACAUUGACAUUAGGAAGGACUUACUUGAAAACGUAUUACUAUCAGGUGGAAGUACCAUGUUACCUGGACUUCCUGAACGCCUUCAUAAGGAGAUAGCAACUCUUGUUAAUCCACGUGACCCUGGCCGGGUCAGGGUUGUGAGCCCGGAUGACCGGAAGUACGCUGUAUGGAGCGGAAGUGCCGUGUUGGCUGGACUCUCAACCUUCCCACAGAUGUGUAUUUCUGUGCAAGAGUACGACGAAAUGGGACCAGAAAUUGUGCACAGGAAAUGCUUUUGAAGUUGCUGCAAAGUUUAGCUGAGAAAACCCUGACUAUAGUAAUGACCAAUUCAUAUCAGAUGCGUUAGAUGUUGAAAUGUAGUUUUAGUGAGGUAGAUGACUGGAUAUUUAUAGAAGAAGUAUUUUGUUUUUUUUGGCGUGGAGAGCAGUAGAAACUGAUUUAAAGUUAAUCGUCAGCAAUAAUCAAGGACCAAAAACGGUUGUAAAGGUCUCCGAAAGUGAUCUGAAGAUUUGGGCGGAAGAUCACAGGACUUCCAAUGUUUUGCCGAGAGAUAAGUUCGGAUUUCCAUGCUGAUGUCUUAAUUUCAAGAUUUUAACAUCUGCAGUAGGGUCGAUCUCCGCAAAUUUUGAAAACCAAAUAAUUUAUGGAUACCUUUUUUUGAGAAAAUUUUACAGCCAAAGUAAUUCUGCUCUAUUUUUUGCCAGGUCACACAGAAAAGGAGAUGCACCUAGUAUGUUUGAAGUGCAUUUUUAUUCGAUUUUAAACAUCGUCGUAUUUUGUAUUCUUCUAUACCUGACAGAACAAAAUAACAAGUCAUAAAGUAUGAUCAUUUUGCCAGGACUUUUUGACAACGCCAUGCAUCAAAAUGUCGACAGGAACUCUUAAAACAAACUCAGGAAAGUUUAUUGUCGUACAAGCGCACGCCGAACUAAAAAAAAUUGCAAGUGCAUCAACAGCUUGUGCUUAGAACGGACACUACGUUGGAAAAAAAAGUAUUUACAGGACUUUUAAAUUUAUUUAAAGGACUUUAAUAAGUUAAUAUUUUUAUUCUUAUUACAGAAUACUAAAGUUUCACAAAUGAAAUUUCAUAACACCAAAAAAAUGUUCACCUAAAUUUAAGUAGUUCCUGCUUUGUACAAUUUACAUAUCAUUUUAUGAGUAAUUAAAUAACAAAUCACAUAUAUAUUUAUCAGGA